AUGGAUGCUUCGAAUAGAUUGAACGUUGGCUUCGACAGUGGUCGUGGUAUAAGUUUGGAUUACGCUGGGUCUGGAAUGGAUCGUGGAUUGCCCAAUUUUUCGAUUCAGUUACCUGUGGUUUCAACUCGGAGCGAUAUUUCUUUACCUUCUUGUGUUUCUACGAAUGUGUUUUCACAGCCAUUGAGCGCUUCGCGGGAAGGCGAUGGCUAUCAUUUUCGUCCCAGGCCCCCGCCGACUACUCGCGUUGAAUUUUUGGAAUCGGAUCGGAAAAGGGACUCACGGGACCAGAGGAGUACGGCAACGCAGUGGUCAAAUAUUAGCAAGGAAAUAGACAGUUUAUUGAAAGAAAUUCAGUCUGAAAUUCAUGUAACACUGAGUCCAGAGGAAGCUAAGAAAUCUGUUGACUUGCUCUUGGAAAAAUGGGACAGGCUCGAGGGACUUCAUGGGAGGUACCUUGCAGGAAUUAACGAGAGAAAACGCUUAGAACAUGUACAAGAACGUUAUUCUACUCUGAAACGUGAAGUGGACGAUAUUAUCAAUGAGUGUGAGGGUUUGUUUAGAAGACCAGACCCCCGGCAUGACGAACUUGGAAUGGACCGCGGACUACCAGUCUGGGAUCCGAAACGAGAUGACAAUAAGUCAGUGCUCAGCGUUGCUACUCAUGUUACCAAACAUUCUGAGGCAUCAUCAGUUUCCUCACAGAAGAAAUCACUA